ACACUGUGCCAGAUGCGGUUCUCUGCGUGUAUAAUCCGGUUCCAUGGGUUUCAGGGAGCGACGCUAUGUCUGAAGGUGAUGCUCUGGCCGAGCCAAUUUUCCUCGGUUUUGAUAAAGCAAAUGCAAAUUUCCUGAUAGUGGGUGGGCUCGUGGGAUGUCUUGAGUUUUUAUCAUGGUCUGUCUCUUUCUGAACACAAGUUGGGGUCGUUCUGUCAUACCUGAAUCAGUUCAGCUAUCGUAUCGUCGAUGCUACAGAGGUCAGAGGCAGAGAGAGGUAGGUCUCAAGACAGAUCUUGCACCACCUCGCCAUUGGUCACAGAGACUCCCGAAGAGACACAAGAUCACGGAACAGCGACCAGCAGGUUGGGAACGCGGCGAAGACACUCACACUUUGAUGAGCCCUUGAAAGAGUUGAAGAGUCCCUUGAAGCAAUCUGAUUGGUCCAGAGCCUGCCCCUCGAACGUGAAGCGGGGCUUUUGGACGUUGGAUGCCGAGUGGCCGCCAAAGCGAGCCCAUCUUCCCUCACUGCAUGCUUAAGGCCCUGAUCGGCUGGAUGUGCUUGCAUCGAGCAUACAGAUAUUUCAGUACAAUCUGGUGCCCUGUAGCCAAGCGAGCUAGUAGUUGUACUGCUUUUUAGGGGGUAUUUGAAUUGGAGUCGACUGGGG